AAGAAGUGGAGAAACAUGGAAACUUCCCAGAGACACGGCUCUGAAAGCAUGUUGCGGGACCUGUCAGAACUCAUGAAAGAAGCAACCAAAGAGGUGCAUGAGCAGGCAGAGAACACACCAUUCAUGAAGAACUUUCAGAAGGGACAGGUGUCGCUCCCUGAAUUUAAGCUGGUUACUGCCUCCCUGUAUUUCAUCUAUUCUGCUCUGGAGGAAGAGAUAGAACACAACAAGAAUAACCCGGUUUAUGCUCCUGUUUAUUUUCCAUCGGAGCUGCACCGGAAAGCCGCCUUGGAGAAAGACUUGGAGUACUUCUACGGCAGCAACUGGAGGGAAGAGAUCCCAUGUCCUGAGGCUACUCAGAAAUACGUAGAAAGACUCCAUUACGUUGGCAAGAAACAUCCAGAGCUCCUGGUAGCCCAUGCCUAUACUCGGUACUUGGGAGAUCUGUCAGGGGGGCAGGUGCUGAAGAAAAUUGCCCAAAAGGCCUUGCAGUUGCCCAGCACUGGAGAAGGGCUGGCUUUCUUCACCUUCGAUGGAGUAUCUAAUGCCACCAAGUUCAAGCAGCUCUAUCGCUCCCGCAUGAAUGCCCUUGAGAUGGAUGUUGCCACCAAGACAAGAGUCUUGGAAGAAGCCAAGAAAGCAUUUUUUUUCAAUGUUCAUUCUUUUUAGGUAUUUGAAGCACUGCAGGAGCUGGUGUCUAAGGGCCAAGAAAAUGGUCACCCUGUGCAGCUGAAGGCAGAGCUUCGCACAAGGAACGCUAACAAAUCAUAUGAACAUGGUCCAGUGUCUGGGAAAGAAGGAGAGAGGACAAACACAAGGCACACAGAAGUGCUGUCCAACACUCCCCUCAUACGGUGGAUCCUUGCACUUAGCUUCCUAGUCACAACAGUCGCAGUGGGCUUAUUUGCCAUGUGAACAAGAAGGAUCUGCACCUUCUUUUAAUGCCUUUCCUCACCAUGAACUAAUCCGUCUUCCCCAGUCCUUCCGAGAGAAAUUCUCCUUGGCUGGGUGCUGUGAUCUUGGCUCUGUCACUAACAUUAGGAGACUUCUCUCCCUAGAAAGCAAAAGAGAAUGUUAAGGGGGUUCAGGCAAAAUCUCUCCUGUGCUUGGUGUAAAUUAUGCCACAGACUAAACUUAUCACUAGAACAUAAGGGCAGAAAAGAUGUAAAAGCAAUGACCAGAAAUUGUCAUUGCUUUAUAGAGCUC